AUGAUGGAACCACCACCAUGCUCGAAGAAGAGCCUGUCCCUGUCGCUCCCGGUUCCCCGGGAAGGACAGGCGACUCUGAAGCCUCCGCAGCAUCUCUGGAGACAGCCCCGCACCCCGAUCAAAAUCAAGCACCGGGGUUACUCCGACACCGACCGGCACCACCACCGGCACAUGGAGCGCUCUGACGCCGUGGAUACGAGCGACCGACCGGGGCUGAAAAAGUCUCGGAUGUCCUGGCCAUCCUCUUUCCACGGGACCACAAACACAUCCAUCGGAAAUUGCGUCGGGAACAAACGCUUCGAUUCGGAGAAUGGUCCCUCGCCAGGCCGCAGUCCCAUGGAUUCGCAGGCGAGUCCAGGGCUGGUGCUCCACCCUUCCUUCCCCCAGAGUCAGCGCAGGGAGUCCUUCCUGUACCGUUCGGACUCCGACUACGACACAUCCCCCAAAACCAUGUCACGCAACUCCUCCAUCAACAGUGAGGGGCACGCCGAAGACAUGAUCGUCACCCCUUUUGCUCAGGUGUUGGCCAGCCUACGAACUGUAAGAAGCAACUUCACCAUCCUCGCCAAUGUCACAACACCCACUAACAAGAGGUCACCAGUGACAAGCCAACCCACUGUUCCCCAAGCUACACUCUCUGAGGAGACAUACCAGCAGAUGGCACGGGAGACUCUGGAGGAGCUGGACUGGUGUCUGGACCAGCUGGAGACCAUUCAGACCCACCGCUCAGUCAGUGAGAUGGCCUCCAACAAGUUCAAGAGGAUGUUGAACAGGGAGCUGUCCCAUUUGUCAGAGAUGAGUCGCUCAGGGAACCAGGUGUCAGAAUACAUCUCCACUACCUUUCUAGAUAAGCAGAACGAGGUGGAGAUCCCAUCCCCGACCUUGAGGGAGCGAGAGAAGCCCAUGUGUCACAUCAGCGGUGUGAAGAAGCUCACGCACAGUUCCAGCCUUUCCAACUCCACCAUGCCUCGCUUCGGCGUGAAGACUGAACACGAGGAUGCAUUAGCCAGGGAGCUGAACGACUUGAACAAGUGGGGCCUUAAUAUCUUUCGUGUGGCAGAAUUCUCUAAUAACCGACCCCUCAGCUGCACAAUGUUUGCCAUCUUCCAGGAAAGAGAUCUAUUGAAGACCUUUCGGAUCCCAGUGGACACAUUUGUCACCUAUGUAAUGACCCUGGAGGACCACUACCAUGCCAAUGUGGCUUACCACAACAGCCUCCAUGCUGCAGAUGUCACUCAGUCAACUCAUGUACUGCUUUCCACACCAGCUCUAGAUGCGGUGUUCACUGAUCUAGAGAUUCUAGCUGCGUUAUUUGCCGCUGCCAUCCACGAUGUGGAUCAUCCAGGAGUGUCCAACCAAUUCCUCAUAAACACCAACUCAGAGUUGGCCCUCAUGUAUAAUGAUGAGUCUGUGUUGGAGAAUCAUCACCUAGCUGUGGGCUUCAAGCUGCUUCACGAGGACAACUGUGACAUCUUUCAAAACCUCAGCAAGAGGCAGAGACAGAGCCUGAGGAAACUCGUCAUCGAUAUGGUUUUGGCAACAGAUAUGUCAAAACACAUGAGUUUGUUGGCAGAUCUCAAGACGAUGGUGGAAACCAAGAAGGUGACGAGUUCUGGAGUACUGCUGCUCGACCACUACACUGAUCGGAUACAGGUGUUGAGGAACAUGGUGCACUGUGCUGACCUGAGCAAUCCUACGAAGCCCCUGGCUGUGUAUCGACAAUGGACGGAGAGAAUCAUGGAAGAGUUCUUCAGGCAGGGAGAUAAGGAGAGGGAGCGAGGGAUGGAGAUCAGUCCCAUGUGCGAUAAACACACAGCAUCUGUGGAAAAGAGCCAGGUGGGAUUCAUCGACUACAUUGUCCACCCGCUGUGGGAGACAUGGGGCGACCUGGUGCACCCUGACGCCCAGGACAUCUUGGACACUCUGGAGGACAACAGGGACUGGUAUCAGAGCACUAUCCCACAAAGCCCCUCGCCCCCUCCUGUUGGCCAGGACAAGGAUCUGAACGCCUGCAUGGACAAAUUUCAGUUUGAGCUCACCCUCGAAGACAGCUCUCAGAGAGAUCAGGGAGACGAGGGUGACAAAUCCACACCAAACCACGUGGUGCAGGUCAGUCAGGGAGAGGAGGAGGAUAAAAAAGAAGAAGAGGAAGAUACAAUGGCUGAGGGGGAAAUUGAGGACAUAAUAGAAGAAGAAGACGAGGUGGCAAUGGAUGAAGAGGAGGUGGAGGAGGAGGAGCUGAAGGCUCAUCUGGAGGUGAGAUCGGAAAAGGAGAGACUUUCUGACACAAGUCCUGUAGAGGAAGAGGAGGAUUCUUCUUCACAAGCUGAAGAUACAUGAGUUCUACUCCUGUAUCUCCCUCCUCACUUGCACACAUUAACUUGUUCAUCCUUCCCAUGGCCAAACCAAGAACAAAUAAGACUGCAAUGACAAUACAGACCUUUAAAUAUAUUUUUCAAAAAGGGAAAAAAUUAAAAAUUGCUUAAAGAGAAGUUAAUUACACAGCAACUGUAGAUUUGGAGCGGUGACAAGUCCUUCGGCUGAUUUUCACGAUGAACUUUGGACUAAGGGGAAUUUAGAGGAGCAUUAACGAAGGACAACUGAAGACGGCGUAGCACUCUGGGACUGGAAAUGCACACACAUAAACACACAUGAAGUGACACACGCACAUGAGAUACAAGAGCAGGAGUUACAAAGAACACACCAAUGCAAUGUGUGAGUGCCUGCACCGUCAUGUGGGACAGUGUAGUCAAUAUGUACACACACUUGACUGUAUGUUUGUAUGUGUGCAUUUACAUGAGGGACACUGAUCAGUAAAGAAUCUCUUUGGAAAAAGCCAUCUCUUAACGAAGUAUUAACUAGUGUUCAGUCAGUAUUAGUAAUUCAUGUUUGUUAGAAUCUCCUCAGAAAAGCUACAGUCCAAGUGACUUUUUUUCCAUUUCUGUCGGAAAGAAAAAAUAAGAGUAUCCAUAGAGUUGGAGGAGGACGAGGAGAGAGGAAGAAAAAAAAUUGAAGGAAAGGAAGAUGCUGCGACGAAGGGGCCACCGGGUCCCAUACCCCUUUUCCCUUUACGAGGAGAGUGCUACUGGUGCAAGAUGGCUCUGUGCCUUUCUGAAACACCAGCUUCCUGAUUGGAGCUGUCGUGAAGCAAUGCAUUGUGGGACAGGAGUGUCUGAUUUUGUUAUCAUUUUUGAUUGUCUCUCGUUCAAGAUCUCUCUUUAUUGUUCAUGGUAUCGUGGUGUGUAUCUCACACGUACAGUUUCUGUGGUGAUAUGUUUUACGCUGUAAGUCUUCCUUUUGUUGCUCUUCUGGUGAUACAAUAACUCAGAAUUCUAGAUGCAGAGCAAUCACUACCAUCAUCACCACAGCCACCAGUGGACUCUUUCCAGCUUAUGGUUCUUUCUUAUUAGAAUGAUUUCUUUUUUACUUUCUGAGAAUAAGCCAUGAGAUGCUUCGAAGCAUAAGUUUUGCCUAUUUUCUAUUUAACACUUGCUUAAUAUGUUGAAGGGAUACGGAAUUAUUUCAUCAGCAGGACAACUCGCUCAUCCCACAUCCUACUUGCACUUGUGCGUUCACGUCUCCUCAUACUCAACAGUUCUCGCCAAAGUAAAGGAUGAGAAACAUCGGUGCGUGGAGUGAUUUGAAGGAACGCAGAAGGCAGAAUGUCAGGGAAAGAAGGGUGACACAGCCAAAAGGAGGUCUGAAAGUCCCUCAUCAUCCUUGUUUGAUGCUUUUUUGCCUUAAUGUCAGAUGCAGGAUUCAUACCUGCGAGUAUGUAGAUUUAUAAGAUAUAUAAUAGAUAUCCCAGUAUAUUUAUAUCACGUCUGUAUGCUUAUUUCUGUGAGUAUCAGUGUGUCUAUACACGAUGUAUCCAGCAUUGCAUUCGGAGGGGAUAGGGAAACAUUGCUGCCAAUUAGUCGUUAUGUUGUUUCUGUGUUUGGACCAACACAAAGAAUGUGUUGGGUUUGUUUUUUUACCUGGAUGUUAAAAUGACGACUUUAUCACUACCUGAGAGCGUGCAGAGAAAAUUAGCAAUUUGGAGUUUUACAGGUGAUGAGAAUGAAUAUGGAUGUCCUUUUGUUGGAAUCUGACCAGAUGGUCAUUUGCUGACGUGAUGGAGUUAAGGCUUGUGUGAGUCUGUUUGCGUGGCUGGUUGUGUGUUUGGUCAUGAGUAAGCAGGAAAGAGGUGGCAGGAAGCUAAAGGUGUUGUCAUAUGUGUUGUGCGCAUUCACUCCCUGACAUCGGCACAUCGUCGAGCGGUGUUUAUAGGGUCCGAUCAGCACAGAUUAAAUAAGUCACAGUCUGUUUAGGUGUUUGUUUUCUCACAGGGUAAUAUUAUUAAUAAUUAUUAUUAAGAACAUGAGUGUGGUUCUUUAGUAGGUAAGAGCAAGUUCCUGCAGGUCAGAAACUGAGCUUAUCUGAAGACACCACAGCUCGGUGCAACAGUAGCCUGUGUGUUUGACCUGCUCUGUCGCAGGAUGGAGCAGAGCUGCGGGGCCACCACACAGGCUUUCUACUGGUGGAAUGGGAAUCCAGGAUUACUCUUGCAGUCACUUAGAAUAAAAAAAAAAGAUUCCUGUAUGCAUCAGCCUUUUACUUUUAAUGAUGUUGCUUUGUUUUUGUGGCUUCUUGUUCUGUCAUAAGCUAUAAAAACAUUAAUAUUUAAUUGCCAUACAAACACGAUACUGUAGCAAUUGUUUCUUAUUAAGAAAAUUAUUCAAUUGAUUGAUUGCUGCCAUUCUUUUUAAAUGAUGAAAAGAAAACCAUGGGAAGUGUUUUCUUUAAACAGUUUGCGUACAGUUUAUUUUUAUAUCAUUCUGGUGGAUGGUCUGGAAAAUGAAUCACGUGUUGAUGACGAUAAUAGCUAUAAGCAUUACCACUCUUGUACAUAAUGUAAUAUUGGAUUGUAAAUUAUAAAUUUAUCCAAGUCCUAAUGAUUGAAAAAUAACCACUUGAGGUUGUUGAGUGAAACACUGAAGCACUGCAGGCCACAUCCUCACGUUUUCAUUCGUUCUAUUUUUGCUCACUUGUUCCAACAUUCUGUCACUUUUUUUAAAUUGUGCACAUUUAUUGUUAAAAAUUGAAUCCCUUUGUACCAGCACUUUAUUUCGUCAGGUUUUGAGGCAGACAGUGUGUGGGUUUGGUCAUUGGCACAGUCACUUGUUGAUUCUCUCCCAUUGAGCCAAAACACAAACCCUCAUUGUGCAGUAAGUCAAUGUUGACCCCUCUCUAGAGGCAUAAUCAAACAAACUAGUCAUUCUCUCCUUAAUGUCCACGUGAGAUUGAACUUAUUUGUCUGAUAAAGUCAAACGAAGGCCGAUGUAGUCACAUACGAUGUGACGUGUUCAAAGAAAAAUAAAUGUGUCCUUAUUUGACUCGGCCAUUUCUAGGACUUCACCUCUGUUUCUUAGUAACUUUAAUUACUAGCCUGAGAGCCUCAAUGUUCGUCCCAUGGUGGCCUAACUAGCUGGUUCCCAUCAGGGCUUCUGUCAGCUUACUUUGUCGCAGACUGACUCCCUCUGAGAAUAAAUCUCUGGGCUUUAAUUCAUGUGUUUGUUCACAAAUAAGAGCGAUUAUUCAAGGGAAAAAAACAACAUGAAAUGAUUGUAAUAUUUGUAAAUGAUCUUGCUGUAAUGUGUAAAAUGUGUCCAAGUUAUUUUUUAUUAUAUUAUUUUUAUGAAAGUUUUUUUCCUCUUGACAGAGCUGAGGUGUCAUUUUGUGAAUAAAUGCAUUUAAUA